UGGGAAGCGGAAGGGGGCGUGGCCGAGGGCGGGGUCUCCUGGGUCGAGGGGCGGGAUCUCCUGGUACCAGCCAGAGCCAGCCGUCGCCUCCCGGACUUCAGUCCCCGCAGACGCCUCGCAGACGGUGAACAGCCACAGGUGCCAGGCCAGGCAAAGCGGCGACUGCUGCUGCCUCCUCCUCUCCCAGCUCUCCAAGGCAACAGUGUUUCCUUGCUUCGGUCCUGAAGGGGCUCCUGGAGACCAUCUUUUGUGCAAUCCAUGUUGGCCUGCCUGUGACCCCUGCUGUCAGUCACCUGCUCUGUUGGAUCCAGGAUGGCACCGUGGUGCUACUGUUUCCUCUGCCUCUUGAUCGGAAAUCUCUCUGGGACCCCCUCCAAUUCCUCAGGUGAAUCAAGGAAUCCUUGGGGCCCAGCCCCCGUGGCCCCCGGCGAGGUGGUGGAGACUGCAGGUGGGGUGUGCAAGUUCUCCGGACAGCGACUGAGCUGGUGGCAGGCCCAAGAGUCCUGCGAGCAACAGUUUGGCCACUUGGCACUGCAGCCCCCUGAUGGGGUUCUUGCUUCACGGCUGCGCGAUCUGGUCUGGGUGGGCCAAAGAGAGGUCCCUCUGCGGAGACCCCCGCAGAGGCGUGCGCGCACCACUGCAGUGCUGGUGUUUGGCGAGAAGACGGCUGACCGCGCGGCGCGGCUGCGGAGCCCCCUGCCUGAGCUGGCGGCGCUGACCGCGUGUGCUCACGUGCAGUGGGACUGUGCUUCGCCUGACCCCGCCGCGCUCUUCUCCGUUGCCGCGCCCGCGCUGCCCAACGCGCUGCAGCUGCGCGCCUUCGCCGAGCCAGGGGGCGUAGUGCGCGCUGCGCUGGUGGUGCGUGGGCACCACGCGCCCUUCCUCGCAGCCUUCCGCGCCGACGGCCGCUGGCACCAUGUUUGCGCCACAUGGGAGCAGAGGGGCGGGCGCUGGGCGCUGUUCUCCGACGGGAGGCGGCGCGCUGGGGCGCGGGGACUGGGCGCCGGCCACCCGGUGCCGUCCGGCAGCAUCCUGGUGCUGGGCCAGGAUCAGGACUCCCUGGGCGGUGGCUUCUCGGCGCGUGACGCCUUCAGCGGCAACCUCACCGACUUCCACCUGUGGGCGCGGGCGUUGAGUCCCGCGCAGUUGCACCAGGCACAGGCCUGCGCGCCGCCCCCAGAGGGCCUGCUCUUCCGCUGGGACCUGGGCGCCCUGGACAUCGCACCCUCGCUGCUGCCCAUGGUGUGGGUGCGCCUUCUCUGUCCCGUGCCCUCCGAGGAGUGCCCUACGUGGAACCCGGCACCUCGCAGUGAGGGCUCUGAACUCUGCCUGGAGCCGCAGCUCUUCCUCUGCUGCUACCGGACAGAGACCUAUCAUCGGCUGCAGGAUGCCCAGUCGUGGCCUGGCCAGGAUGUUAUCAGCCGAGUCAAUGCCUUGGCCAAUGACAUUGUGCUCCUCCCGAACCCCCUCUCCGAAGCCCAUGGGACCCUGUCCCCAGCGGAGGCCUCCAGCUUCCUGGGCCUUCUGGAGCAUGUCCUGGCAAUGGAGAUGGCUCCACUGGGGCCGGCCGCACUUCUGGCUGUUGUGCGCUUCCUGAAGAGGGUGGUGGCCCUCGGGGCUGGGGACCCUGAGCUGUUGUUGACAGGCCCCUGGGAGCAGCUGAGCCAACGCGUUGUAUCUGUGGCCAGUCUGGUCCUGGAGGAGCAGGUGGCUGACGCAUGGCUGUCCAUCCGUGAGGUGGUUGGUGGGCCUAUGACCCUGGUGGCGAGUGUGCAGCGCCUGGCACUCCUGCUGAGCACCACAAUGACCUCAGAGCAGCCCCGAAUGCGCAUCCAGCACCGCCAUGCUGGCCUGGAGGUACGCAGCUUACGCUUGAGGGAGGCCAGCACGAGGGGCUGCUUCUUCACAAUGCCCGGUGGGCGUCCAGAGGGGCCCGGCCAUAUCCACAUUCCUGCAGGUGAAGUGAGGCGACUCCUCGGAAAAGGCCUCUCUGGAGUCACCGUGAUCCACAGCUGGUUCACCUCCAGGGUCUUCCAGCAUACCCUAGAGGGACUGGACCUACAGCCCCAGGCCCCUGCCAGCUCAGAGGAAGCAAACAGGGUGCAGAGGUUCCUAAGCACCCAGGUGGGGUCAGCCAUCAUCUCCUCUGAAGUGUGGGACGUCACUGGAGAGGUCAGCAUGGCCGUGACAUUUCAUCUGCAGCACCAGGCCCAGACCUUCCGUCACAAGCUGGUGGAGCCUGUCUGUGCUUUCUGGAACUACAGUAUCAGCCCAUAUACAGGGGGUGCCUGGGCCACCACGGGCUGCUCCGUGGCUGCCCUGUACCCGGACUCCACCGCCUGCUUCUGCAACCACAGCACCAGCUUUGCCGUCCUGCUGCAAAUCUAUGAAGUACAGAGAGGCCCUGAGGAGGAGUCGCUGCUGAGGACUCUCUCAUUUGUUGGCUGUGGUGUGUCCUUCUGCGCCCUCACCACCACCUUCUUGCUCUUCCUGGCGGCCGGGGUCCCCAAGUCGGAGCGAACCACAGUCCACAAGAACCUCACCUUCUCCCUGGCCUGUGCAGAGGGCUUCCUCAUGACCAGCGAGUGGGCCAAGGCCAAUGAGGUGGCAUGUGUGGCUGUCACAGUCGCAAUGCACUUCCUCUUUCUGGCGGCAUUCUCCUGGAUGCUGGUGGAGGGGCUGUUGCUGUGGAGGAAGGUGGUAGCUGUGAGCAUGCACCCGGGACCAGGCAUGCGGCUCUACCACGCCACAGGCUGGGGCGUGCCUGUGGGCAUUGUGGCAGUCACCCUGGCCAUGCUCCCCCGUGACUACGUGGCCCCCGGACAUUGCUGGCUCAACGUGCACACAUAUGCCAUCUGGGCCUUCGUGGGGCCUGUGCUCUUCGUGCUGACUGCCAACACCUGCAUCCUGGCCCGUGUGGUGAUGGUCACCGUGUCCAGCACCCGCCGCCGUGCCCGCAUGUUGAGCCCACAGCCCUGCCUUCAGGAGCAGAUCUGGACCCAGAUAUGGGCCACGGUGAAGCCUGUGCUGGUCCUGCUGCCCGUCCUGGGCCUGACCUGGCUGGUGGGCAUCCUGGUGCACCUGAGCCCCGCCUGGGCCUACGCUGCCGUGGGCCUCAACUCCAUCCAGGGCCUGUACAUCUUCCUGGUUUAUGCUGCCUGCAAUGACGAGGUGCGGAGCGCCCUGCAGAGGAUGGCUGAGAAGAAGGUGGCCGAGGUGCUCAGGACGCUGGGGGUGUGGGUGGGGGCGGGAGGCCCCCAGAGCCAGGUCCCAGCCCCCACAUCCUCUCCUUUCAGUCCUGUGCCAGCCCUGCCAGCUGGGGGACCAGCCUGAGGCCCCCAGGUUCCUGGGAGGCAACCCGAGGGAGCCCCAUAGCCUUGGCUCCACCCCGGAGACACGCGGCUCUCAGAGGUACUCUCAGCACCCAGGUGGGGAUGCUGCCCAGUGCCUCAGUUUCCCCAGCACUCAGGCAGAGCUGGGAGGACAAGGGCAGAUCCUUUUAGUCCAUCUGAAAAAAGGAAACCAGGGCCCAGGAAACUCUGCAGCCCUGUGGCUUGAGCAAUGUCCUGUCACUCAUUCCCCACUGCCAGGAAACCCGGGCUCCUGGGGCCUGGCCCAGGCAUAGGCUUGUCCAGGGUGACCUUCCCUGGGGCUACAUGCAGAAGGGUUUGGGGGAUUCCUGGAGAUGGUGAGUAAAUGAGGUCGGGGCUCUGAGGCAGGGCAUGGGUUGAAUGACUUCGAGGCCAGGCCAGAGGUUCCAAUCCUAGCUCCCAGUCACCUCCUGUGUGCCCCUGGGCAAGUUCCUUUCCCUCUCUGGGCCUCAUUACUAAUCUGUGAGGUAAACCUUGGAGUGGAUUCUUAGAGUAUUGGAUCCUGAGGGCCCCAUUCCCAGGAUGGGGGAGCAGAGAGAGCUCCCCCUGCCUUCAUCUCUGAAAAGUUUGCAUUUUCCUCACUAGGGACC